AUGGUGAUUAAUGGACCAACUGAGAUUUCUCCUGAAGGGGAAAAGUAUAAACCCUUAAUCAUUGGAGAAGAAAAAAUACAAUGUAUUUCACAUGAAAUAAGCCCAUCAGCUACCAUUGGUUCUUCUGUUGAGACAAAAAUUCCAAAGGUUAGUGAGGCAUCUCCACAGACACCAGUAAGACCGGAAGGAAAUAUGGAAGAACCUGAUGGCUUGGAAACAGAAGUUCUGCAAGAACCAAGUAAGAAAACCAAAGAUGAAAGCUUGCCAUGUACUGUUACUGAUGUGUGGAUUAGCGAGGAAAAAGAAACAAAGGAAACUGAGUUGGAAGAUAAGGUUACCAUUCAGCAAAGUGAAGUUUCUGAAGAUGGAAUCCCAGGGAAUGUGGACCAGUUUAGUGAAGUUCAUAAAGAACCUGAAAUAGACAAUUCUCAGCACUUUAAACAUGAUGUAGACAAAUCUAUACAACCAGAACGAUUCUUCCAUAAAGUGGUUCUUUCCGAGCACUUAAACUCAGUCUUUCAAGUCCAGUCAAUUCAGUGUUUACCAGAAGAAUCCAUUCCACUUCGAUCUCGCUCUGAUUCACCACCAAAAAGUAAAAAUAAGAAUUCCUUGCUGAUUGGACUUUCAACAGGUCUGUUUGAUGCAAACAAUCCAAAGAUGUUUGAGGACAUGUUCACUUCCAGAUCUCUCAAAGCUGUUCAGAACCCUGAUGGAUGUUUCCAACUGUAGGAGAUGCUCAUCAAGAACAAUCUUGAAAUAGAUGAAUUGAAGAUGAGCCCAUUAAAGAAAGGCCUUCUGAUUCUGA